GAGAACCAGUGAUGGAGGUCAGUGAGAGCUUAGAACAUUUCAUUGAGAAACACACUCGAAUUGAAGAAAUGGUUCGUGUUAAAUCGCAUGCAGCAGUUGAAUUCAUAGAAGACAGAAAAUCACAAGACUGGCAGCGUUUUAUGAAGUCUGGUGAGAUUAAAGUGAGUUUUGAUCCAAAAAGACCCCGGAUUAAACUGUCUGGACAGCGCAUAUUUGUUCAGCCAGCUGUGACUUUCUUCAAAGGGUUAGCAGAAUCUCUUCUCACACAUACACUGACCAUUAAAAAGGCAGGAGCAAAGAAGUACUUCAAGGAGCAGGGCAAAAUGAUGCUCUUAAUGCUGCUAAAGGACAAAAGAGUUGUGGUGGUGCUUCAAGAAGAUCAUAUGCUGGAAGAGGAUGAGGAUAGACCAAAAGAAGGUAAUUUUGGAGAUUUUGGCCAGGCCUCUUGUGAGGUUCGAAUGCCUGGUGGAGUAACAGUAACUGUCAGGAAGGCAGACAUUUGCACUCUCAGUGUUGAUGCUGUGGUCAAUGCUGCUAAUGAAGAUCUGAAGCAUACAGGUGGUGUAGCUUACGCACUUCUCCAAGCUGCAGGACGAUGUCUGCAGGAAUACUGUGACCUACACAUAAAGGUAAAUGGACCUCUGACUCCUGGAGAUGCCAUUAUUACUGACGCUGGCCGUCUUCCAUGUAAAUAUGUAGUGCAUGCUGUUGGACCCCGAUUCGGUGCUUUAGACCAACGUACAGCUGUGCAACAAUGCCUGAGACGUGCUGUGAGGGAGAGUUUGAACCAGGCAUCAAGCAAAAAAUGCUCCUCCAUUGCAAUUCCAGUGAUCAGCUCAGGAAUAUUUGGUUGUCCUCUUGAUCUUUGCACUGAAUCAAUCGCCAAAGAGGUGCGUCAAUACAUUGAAAAUCAUAACUACAGUGGCUCCAAUUCCACACUGACUGAGAUUCAAUUGGUGGACAACAAUAGCAAGAACGUGAAUGCCAUGGCUCAAGCUGUCAGAAAUGAGUUUGCUGCUUAUAACCCCAAAAUGGCUUUCCCUCAUCAAAGCAAACCUCAUGAGUAUAGUAACUAUGAGCAUGGACAUCGUGGAGGUGGUCGUGUUCAUGGUCAUGGUCAUGAAAACAGUACUAAAAGAAAUCAACAAUUUGAAAGUCCUACACAUCGUGGCAAUAGAGACUUUAAAGAACAAUCAAACUCAUGGUCUGGUGGUAGAUCCGAUAAUUCUGAAGAGUUGACCUUUCUUGAGUCAAAAACUACACAAGAUGGACUAAAAAUCAUUCUGAGCAAAGGGAACAUCCAGGAUGCAAGUGCUGAUGUCAUCGUCAACACUAUAUCGCAUGACAUGGAUCUCAGUAAAGGUGCGGUCUCUAAUGCGCUCCUUCAGUGUGCCGGUCAUCAGCUCCAGUCUGAAAUCAGCAGAGCUGCUCCCUCUAGUGGUCUGAGUUAUGGUGAUUUGGUCAUCACAGCUGGUUAUAAACUGAAAUGCUCCAAAGUCUUUCAUGUUGUUUGCCCAUUUUGGCAUGGCGGACAAAACUCACCAGAUAAGGUCCUCGUUCAGAUCAUUAAAGAUUGUCUGGGAGAAGCAGAAACCCGAGGUAUGACUUCAGUAGUUUUCCCAGCUAUCGGCACUGGAAAUCUUGGCUUUCCUAAAGAUUUGGUGGCCAAAAUCAUGUUGACAGAAGUCCAGCAAUUUAACACCACAAACCUUCGAAAAGUCACUGUGGUAUGCUUUACCAGCGUCUUCAGACAUGGUAAUCAGAGUCCCAUCACAAAGGGAGCACAUCGACAUGUCAUCAUGCCUAAAACAAAUAUUUUUAGCAAACCAGCCCAAGCCUCUGGAAUUGUUGGCACAGUCUCUUCUCCUUCUCUUGGGGUUCACAUUAUGCAGCUGGGUCAGGUGACUCUGGAGGUUUCAUCAGGAGACAUAACCAAAGAAAACACAGCUGCCAUUGUCAACUCCUCAGAUAAGACAUUUUCUCUUAAAGCAGGAGUAUCCAAGGCCAUUUUAGAUGCGGCUGGAGUACAAGUGGAACAAGAAUGUUCACAGAUUGUGGCAUCAUCCUACUCGCAGCAAACGGAAAUUUUGACCUCAGCUGGACAACUCCCAUGUGGAAACAUCAUUCAUAUUAUAGGACGCAAUAAUCCAUCUGACAUUAAAGGUGUUGUUUUGUCAGUUCUGAAGAUAUGUGAAUCACAGCAGUUUACCUCCAUUGCCUUCCCUGCUCUUGGCACAGGUCAGGGCGGUGCAAAUCCAGCUGAUGUUGCAGAUGCAAUGGUUGAUGCAGUUGUUGACUUUGUGAAGAAGAAGAAACCUGUGCAUGUAAAGGUUGUGAAGUUCCUUAUAUUCCAGGCGAGCAUGCUGUCACAUUUCCACCAAAGUAUGGUCAGAAGAUCUGGUGAGAAAGUAGAAGAGGAUAGAGGUCUGUUAACCAAACUUAAAGACUUUUUUUCAUGGGGAAGUUCAGAAACUCCUCCAAGUGAAGAGUUUGUGAUGGUGAGUGAAGAUAUUGAGCCGGCUGUGUUUCAGCUGUGUGGAGAGACACCGCAGGACUUGAGUGAAGCCAAGGAAAUGAUCAACAAUUUGAUAAUUCGGGAGCAUUUGACCAACCCAAUCCGUGAUCCAGCCAUUGCUCAUUUCACCAGAGAGGAUGUAGAAAUGCUGAAUGCCAUGCAGAAGGAACUUACAGUCAGUUUCAAACUAGAGAAGAAAGGCCAAGACUCUGUCGUUACAUUGCAGGGUCUGACAAGAGACGUUCACACUGCAGAGAGUCGCGUUCGGGACAUGAUCCGCAAGGUGGAAAGAAAUGAAAACAGAAGACGUGAAGCAUUAAUGAUCAGAGCUGUAGUUAAAUGGCAGUAUCAGGAGAAUGGGCAGAGAUUCGAAAACUUUGACCUGUUGACCAAUUUUGACUUGGAACAAGCCUUUCAGAAUCGGCAGCCUUCAGUGAAAAUCAAGAUUAACAAUGAUGAAUAUGAGGCUGAUUUAGUUCGCAAAGAGGCCAGAAGAGGGAGAAUCCGGAUUGAAUUGAACAGAAUAGAUCUGGAAGAUGCAGCUCAGAGCUCUUUACCUUCACACUGGGAAGACAUGACGGGACAGCCAGUUGUUCUUGUAAAACUCAAAACAGACUCUAAGGAAUAUGCAGAAGUGGAGAAGAAGUUCACAAGCACUGGACUAUCUAACAUCAUUAAAAUUCAAAGAGUCCAGAACAGCACACUUUGGAGAAACUACAAGAUCAAAAAGGAGGAACUGGAGGACAAAAACAAGCACACAAACAAUGAAAGGCAUCUCUUCCACGGCACUGGCCCUGACACAACAGAUCAGAUCAACCAUCAUGGCUUCAACCGCAGCUAUGCUGGGAUGCACGGAGCCAUGUUCGGGAAAGGAUCAUAUUUUGCUGUGGACCCGAGUUACUCAGCACAAGGCUACUCUAAACCAGAUGCCAAAGGACAUAAACGCAUGUACCUUGCCAAGGUGCUGGUUGGUGACUUCACUCGAGGAAAUCCAGGUCUUCUUGUUCCCCCUGCAAAGAGCUCCAGUAGUGCUGAUCUCUAUAACAGUGUGACUGAUAAUGUGAACAAUCCAACCAUGUUUGUGAUCUUCAAUGACGUACAGGCUUACCCAGAAUACCUGAUCACAUUCCAGUAAUGAUUAUGAACAAGUGAGUUUUCAUUCGAGGACAGGAUGUAGGGAGAUACAGCAAAAUUCCUCUUAUUGAAAAAAAUAAAUGCAAAAAGCAUGCCCUAUCUAAAACCACCGUCCCAUGUACUAUGCCUUAUACACAAAUAAAUUUUUGUUUUAUAU